GUUCACCGCAUUGCACAUGCGCAGAUGUACAAGUUUUGGGCUACAAGAGACCGGAAACUUGAAGAAAAGUUAGAAGCUGGGUUGAAAGAUGUCGGGGACCGCUAAUGUAUCGGCCAUGAAGAAGGUAGUGCAGCAGCUGCGACUGGAAGCUAGUCUGAACCGAGUAAAGGUGUCUCAGGCUGCUGCGGAUUUGAAACAGUUCUGUUUGCAGAAUGCACCACAUGACCCUUUAUUGACUGGCGUUUCUUCAAGUACAAAUCCUUUCAGACCUCAAAAAGUCUGUUCUUUCCUGUAAACACAUUUUAUUUUUUUUAAUGAUUACUAACUUUCAUAAUUAUGAAUUUUGCUCAAUUCCACCCCGUGACAUUCAAAAGGAGGAGCCUGGUUUGAGCCUGUACAAAGCUUUGCCUUGUGAAGAUGUGCCAAGUUUUUACUGUAUUUCUAUCCUCAAACCUUUUAACAUCUACCUCUCCAUUUGAACGUUUGCAGUAGCGUACAACUGUUUCUUAUUUUCAAAAUAUCUUUUUAUACACUGGUAAUAACUAACACAAAUAAAAGUUUCAUUUACA